AUGUACUCAAAGACUGCUUUAAUUCUAUCCACAAUCGCUACUGCCGCAUUAGUUAAUGCUCAAACUGCUGACCAAUUAGCUGAAUUAAAUGUUAUCGUAGAUGACGUGAAAAAUCAUAUGUCUGACUACUUAGGUUUGGUUAGUUCUGGUGCUGUAUCUAUCUCUGACUUGCCUGCCGGUGUAAUGAAUUUGGCUCUAGCUGUUCAAACCGCUACAGAUGAUUCCUAUACUUCUCUUUACAAAGAUGUUGAUGUCGAGAAACUUGGUCCAUUUUUGACCGCACUACCAUGGUACUCAUCAAGAUUAGCAGCUGAAUUGGAAACAGCAACCGAAGGUGAUGCUGCCGCUACUUCUUCUGCUGCUGCCGCCACUUCUUCCGCCGCUGCUGUCACCUCUUCUUCCGCCGCUGCUGUCACCUCUUCUUCUGCUGCUGCCGUCACUUCUGCCUCUUCAGAAGUUUCCACUAGUAGCCCAGCUACUAUUUCCUCUGUCAACACCGCUUCUUCAACUGCUGCUGUUACAGAGCAAACUGUUAACAAUGCCGCUAAGGCAGCUGGUAGUUUCGGAGUCGUUGCUCUAGGUGCAGCUGCUCUACUAUUGUAA